AUGAUUCGGGAUGCGGAGUUUUGGAUGGAGGCGCGGCGCAAGCACAGCGGGGGAGAUGCCAUAUUCACCGCCAUGCUCCCGAUGCUUCACGCCCGGCAGAUUGUUCUUGACUCUGGUAUAGAGGUAGAUGAAAAUGAAAUUGGCCGUGAAGACUCCGCCAUUUUUUCCUUCCCCAGCAAAUUUGUCAGGAAGGAGCCAUUUGAAGAUAAUAAAGUCAUACAUCUUCCAAAAUCAAACGCUUCGGGUAAAAAGGUUUCCUCAUUAGUCCUACGCGUCCUGCAGCAGAUCAUGAUGUUUGCAGUUCCUCUCUAUUCACUGCAGUACAACAUUCCCGCCAUGUCGAUGAGUUGGCGAACGAGCUGCGUUGUGGAUAGAACUACGAAACAACUUAUAACAUUUGGGGCUGGUGAUGGCGUGAAGGUGCCAAAACAACUCCUUUGCCGAGGCUGUGUUGCCACCGAUGAAUUUUUUGCCAUUUUGACUGAUCAAGGAGAGGUGUGGGUGUCAGGUGGCUUAAGUGUCUUGUCAUUGGAAAACGGAAAGUGGACGGCAGGGCCUCUUGGAAAGGCCGAAAGCUUGUCAACUGUUGCAGAGAAGGCACUUUUGAUAGUGGGGCACGGAACACGUCUUGCAUGUGUGACGCGGGCAUUUGUUGUGCGGCCACUCUCCAUUUUGUCAAACCCCGUGAAGUCUGUUAUACCUUCUCGUCAUGUACGUUUUUUGGAUUUGGGAUACGGGGAAGAUUAUUACAUGGUUGGAAUAGACUCUGUGCUUUACAAAACGCUUGCGUCUAAACGAACGCUUGGGACCCCACGUCGAGUUAUGGCAUUAAGUCGAACGCCGGUUUCUCGUGUGUCGUGUGGAAUGGGGUUUUGUCUAAUUAUCGAUCAAAACGGCCAUUUGUACACGCUGGGAAGAAAUAAAAAGGGCCAAUUAGGUAAUGGGCAACAGCAGAAUGCACGUCGCAAGCCGUAUCUUCAAAAGUCUCUUUGCCAUCACUUCUUUGUGAUGGUUGCAGCAGGGGAUGCGCAUUCGUUAGCCCUCACGAGUAGUGGAGUUGUUUAUGCUGCAGGCAGCAACGAAAAUGGUCAGCUGGGACUGGGAAAGUCCGUAGAUACGAUGUUGUAUUUUACUCCAAUUUCAUUGCCAAGCAAAUGUGUAGGAAUCGCGGCGGGACCGGCGGGUAGUAUGUUUGCAUGUGAAGAUGGUCGCGUAUAUGUUUGUGGCCUGAAUGAUCAAAAGCAGCUUGGCCUGGAUACAUCGGCUCGGAUUGUUUAUACCCCCUCUUUUAUUCCGGUGAUAGCGACAGGUGUGGAGGCGUACACGAUGGAUUUUGGUGCCUAUCAGAAACCCCUCAUCACGACAAGGAACUCCGUUCAAUCUUCUUUUCAGCCGAAUGAUUCUUCAGCCGCCGUCACAAAUCCGGAAGAGACUAUUCCGCAGCUGAUCCCGUCCGAAUUACUGCAGACAUCAGUGGUGAGCGAUACAAAUAGGCACAAACAAUUUGAACAAACACCGUUGCCGAGGAAGGAAAAGAAUGGGAAAUGUGUAAAGUGUUGUGCAACCAUGUAG